CUUAGAGGGUUUCUCAAAGAGGUGAUGCGUAAUCAAAUAUUCCCUCUAAAAUCUAAUUAUUAGAAGCAAGGUUUUGUGACGUCUAUUAAUUAAGACAUGUUUUGAAUUACGACAUUUACUAAUCCAGAUAGCAACAAAUUAAACUUCACAAGAAGAUAUACAAAACGAAUGAGAAAUAAAAGGUCAAGCCCAAGCCCAUACAGUACUGCUGCUACAAAGACGCCACUUCAGGGGUAUCAUAAGAACUUCAGAUCUCACGAUUUAAGUAGGUUAUAUGAAACAGAUUCCAAACGAUGGAGGCAUUCUAAAAGCAAAAGACGUAAUCACUGGGAUUACUCUCCUCGAAAGAGACGAAGAAGUAGUAGUUCUAGUGACUCUUAUUAUAAUAACAGAAGAUAUUACAGGCAAGUUUUCAGAUUUUCAUCUUAUAGGCACUUCAAUAGCACAAAAGAAGAACGAAAAAGUUAUGGACGUUCUAGUCAUUCCAAGAAACGGCGUAAAAGAUCCCACGAAAGAGAAUCAAGUAGAGAUACAUACAAAAGAAGUCGACGUCGUUCUCGUGCUAAGAACUCCAGAAGAGUUACCCCAGCUAAAACAGAGCCUAGAUAUGACAGCAGGAAGACAUACUCACAAGGUUUCUCAGGCAAACUGGAUAAGAAAGCCCAAGAGCCAUACUGGCGCAGGAUCAAUUAUAAAGACACUAAAAACAAGAAGAAAACCAAUGACUAUAAUAAUCCUCGGAAGACCUUCAAGAAAUUCAAUAAUUUCAGAGAUCGUUCAGACAGGUUUGAUUAUCAUAAGAAUGAGAAGAGACACAAGAGGAGAGAAAGAAGAAAGAGAAAGCAUAAGAGACGGGAUCCUUCUAGUCGACAGAGGUAUCCAAAUGAUUAUAAAAAGAAGCAGUCCAAACUUGUCUCAUGUAAGAAAAGCUUACUGACUCAAAUGAAGAAAAAGGAGGUUAGUGAGAAAGGACAAGUGCAGAAGGAAGUAAAGGAAAACGACAAGCCUGCUAUCAAACAAAAUAAUAACCUUGUGAAGAAGCCUCCAGUCAUCAAGGAAAAGGAAGACUUAAUAAAAGAUAUUCCAAUUGCAGAGGAAAGUACUCAUAGUAAGGAAAGAGAAAGUAAGCCAGACCCACCAAAAGCUCCUGAUAUUUGAGAUAAGAAGUCUAUUCUUGAAGGUUUAGAAAAGUGUACUCAACAAUUUAACGAGUCAGAAAAUAGCAUAUCUGUACCUUCAUCUAUACCAUCUCCUUCGCUUUCACAGGAGGAGAUUGAGAACAGUAUUAAGAAACCUGACUGAGAUAAUAAAGAGCCUCAAGAUAAUAAACCAAUUUCCACGGAAAUAGGUUCAAAAUUUGAAGAAAGAGAGCCAAAGCUUGAUAAGAGGAGUUCUUGAUUUGAAGAAAGCAGAUAUUUAUCUGAAGAGAUUCUUGAAAGUAUCAACAAAGAUCCAGCUAUCUGCUCAUACAAUCCUAUUACUCAAAACUCCCAAGAACUUUGACUGACUAUUAACAAAGCAGACUUGAUGUUUUCAGAGGAGGAAAAUAUGCUAUCCAUCUCGAAGGAAUGAUCUGAGUUAUCAUAUGAAGAAUCCAGCCAGUCUAUGAUAAACACAUUAAAUUCUCAGGAUUCAUCUCUCGGCGAAGCUCCACAUUUACAUGCUAAACCCGGAAUGAUCAUCCAUAAUUACAGAAUAAUCAAGGACCUUGGAGAAGGAACGUUUGGAAAGGUGUUCCUAGCACAAUCUUUGUUCGGUCCUGAACUCUUCGCUCUUAAGAUAAUCCGGCCUUGUAAAAAGUACCUGGAAUCAGCAAAUUUUGAAUACGAAAUAUGCAAAGAAGUCCAAACCCUUGCUUUGCAAUAUAAUCAUUAUCUGGAGAGUCCACAAAACUACUGUGUAAAUGUGGUCGAAAAUUUUGAUUUUACUCUAGAAGACUCAGAUAAGUACAAAUGCCUUGUCUUCGAGGCACUUGGAAGAUCCCUCUAUGAUGUUAUCAAAGAAAAUAAUUAUAGGGGGUUUCCAGUAGACCAAAUUAUGAAGAUAGCGCACAAGGUCUUAAAAGCAUUAGAUUUUCUUCAUAGUAUACACAUCACACAUACUGAUAUCAAGCCUGAAAAUAUUCUUUUUACAUGCAAUAAGACUGUGGCUGUGCACUCAAAGGAUGAAAUGCCUUCUCAAUUAGAGAACAAGAAGGUCAUAUUCCAAGGAAUGGUCGAGUCUGAAGAUCUCUACGAUGAAAGCCUUUAUGCAGAAUACCAAAUGAUGAAAAAUCCUGACGUUAAACUUAUAGAUUUCGGCGGAGCCACUAAAUCAGAUGAAAAAGGUGGAAGAAUUAUUAAUACAAGGCAGUACCGAUCACCUGAGGUAAUCCUUGGGUGAUGUAACUGGGAUCAUAAAUCAGACAUUUGGUCUGUAGCAUGAGUACUAGUGGAGCUUUAUACAGGAGAACUCUUCUUUCCAGCACACCACGAUAUUGAACAUCUCUGAAUGAUAGAAAAGGUUUUAGGACCUAUAGAGGAAUGGAUGAUCUUGAAUGCUGGAUGUGUAGCAACAGAGAAUGAAAGCAAAAAGUGGGAUCCUUAUCUUUCUAAGAAACCCAUCAAAAAUUACGGAAACUCUAACUGGAUCGGAAGGGUGAGAUGGGCACCGGAUGAAAUAAUCAAAGAUAGAGAAUCUUAUACUGGCUGUAUACCAUUACUGUCAGAUAUUAUUCUCCCAGAGCAUAAUAAGUUUCAUUGAUUACUCAAAGAGAUGUUUAUUAAGAAUCCAAAGAAGCGACCCAAUGCUUGAGAGCUGAUAUCAAAGUUCUUUAGUGAAGAUUAUAAUGAAUAG